GUGCGAAUUGAUUUAGUAAUCCAACAGCCAAAGGUUGGAAGAAGAAGCAAGGAAUCACGUAUGCAGUGUACUGCACAGCAGCAUCUACUCCAUACUUGUGACCAGCUACAUCCGGUUUUGCCUAAGUUUCGUCCAGACCUAUUUGCGUUUUGUUUUUUCGGAGCUGCUAAGUAAUUUCUCUGUAAGCUCGCUGAAUAACGCGGAAGCUAAUGCUUGUAAUGUUUUGUUCUACAUUUGGGCGAAGUGCUGCUUUUGAAAUAAGGCACAUUACCUUGGCUGAAAACGGCGGGAGAUGUGCUCUUGUUGUUGGUUUUUGUGUACUGUUGGGCUGGCCGGUGUUCGCAGUGAGUGGACCCUUUAAUUCACAGUAAGCGAUCCGAAUGUGGGCCUUGCCAGGAACAAUCGGCUUGCUUCCUAUACCUGUUGUACCCCUUUAAAUUUAGUGGGUUUGAGGACCAGAGAACCGCGGCCAGGGGAUGCAAACUUGCAAACCUGUCAUAACAGGUUGCCUCAUUAACUUUAGCCCCCUUAAUGGGACCCCCCCCCAGUGAAUAAUUAUUCAAUGAUUUUAAUUUUGGCCAUCAUGAUUUGUACCAAUGUUUUCAACAACUUUUAUCUCUGGUUGAAAAACUAACAUAGAUUGCAAAAAGCCCAUCGUUUUUACAUGUUAUUAGAACCAAUUUGUCAGAGGCUGCAGGCUGAAAACUUUUUCAGUAUUCGUGAGGAGACUUUGAGAGAAACAACAAAAUUUGUAACGUAAACCGAAAUGAUUCAGAACCAACUAGGAGUUGAGGGCCCUUGUGUCGGUUAAAGUCCAUGUUAUAGUGAGCAACUUUAGACCAAGACACAAAACAGCUACCCCUAUCAUUUUGAAAAAUGGAAAACACCAUUCUUUACCUAGCAGUAACCUUAAUAGUGAGCAUGACAGACAUGACAUUGAUGGCCAGAGUCUUAGCACUAACCAACUAAUGCACUUGGCAAGGAAGUAGCUUCCUCCCUUUACAUAUGAAGCAAAUUUCAAUUUGUAACUGUUGGUGAAUUAUUUAGGAAAUACUGAUUACUAUCUGAAGCUAAGUUUAAUUUAAUUUUUAGUGUUAUAUUAUAAGUGUUGGAGUAAGAUUUGAUACAUACAUUUAGAUUUUUCUUUGACAAGUGCAUUACACGGACAAGAAACAUACUAAGAACUGUUGGUGAAUUAUUUAGGAAAUAGUAAUUACUCAUUCUUUCACUUGCAGCUUGAAGAUCUUCACCAUGGCCAACCGAUGGGAUGAAGAUCCACCACCUGUUCCUCUUGUACCCCUUCCGGAUGUGGUGGAACCCUUUGUGAUAAGAAAUGCAGAGCAGACUCCAGGCAAGCUUCAGCAGACACAUGCUAGAUGCCCGGUGGGACCCAGCAAUAUGCCUUAAGUGUAACAGGGACAACCUGUCCCAAGCAGCGUCACAGCGAUUAAUACUUGCGGUCAGCAGAGUGUUGGAAGCCAACAACGUAGCCCUCCUCGUCUAUGAUGUGCGCUGGCAUGGAGGCAAGGUUAGCAAUAAAGCAGGCAUCCUUGGCGAGUGGACUGUUCAUGUCCUCCCAGCAUACCCACACCGGAGGAACUCACUGCGGUAUGAUGACUGCCAGCUGUAUUCAAGAUUAAAGAAGUAUGUUGGGACCAGAAAAUUUGGGGUCAACAUCAAGUGUGUGACAGAGGCUGGAUGGGGGCCAAAGUCAUACGUGCCAAUGACACGAGCCCCAACACAGUUUGAGCUGGAGAGUAUGCUUGCGGCUCCGGCGCCCACAGACCACGUCUUCUGCUAUGCUCAUAGGGGAGAUGUGUAUGGCCAUAAUGGCUUCACUAUACGCAUGGAAAGAGGAGUUUGCCCAGUUUGCCAACCGGGCUGGUGA